UAAAUAAUUCUAAAUUUUCUUUGAGAUUAGUAAAAUCCUAUUUAUAAUUGGCCAGAUCAUGUAUUAACCUUUCGUUUCGUGUGUUUAUGCUGCUUGAACUCGGAACUACAUUGGAAUUGCCGGCAUAAUCGAUAUUAAAUAUAUAUUUUUCUUUGCUAUGGAUUACUUUGAAGCAGCGUCAAAGACGAAAGAGAUCCAGGACCAGCUUUGUUGCUGUCAAUAUAUUGGAUCAGAUAGAAAACCAUACCAUAUUCUAGGAUGUUGUUGUAAUUGCCAGGACUUUGAUUUGGUAUGCACGCGAUUGGUAACUUGUCAAAAGAUUGAACGGAAGAAUCUGAACGGCAUGCUGAUUGCUUUCCAGGAUCGUCUACGUUUGCCAUGGGUGGGCGGGGCGAAGCGUAUUUCACCCGCUGCUCUGGCACCGGGAUUGAUGAUACCCCUAAUGAUGGGUUUGGCAGCUCUGAAUGGCAAAACGGCAUUGAUUCUUAUGCUCACCGUCAUGGGAUUCACUGUAUGGGGCUUACAGCUGGCGGAACGAACAGCCACUCGUACGAAUUUCUUUCUCAGUUGGAUUGUCUUCUCGGUGUUCUACAUGAUAUUGGUAUUCGAGUGUGAGGUACCACUUUUAGAACUGUUGCCCGAGGAGAACUACGCCCUCAUCAUAUUAUCAGCAGCGGCAAUUUAUUGUUUAUAUCGCACAAAGAAAUUAUCUGCGCUCAAUUUGGUCACAGCACAAUAUGGAACAACGCCAAAGGAUGAGUUGCCUGGCAUAGCGGAAGCUUCUAGUGGCGAGGAGCAAGCCGAGGCCCAGACAACUUUGCAAAUGGAAAGUCUUUUGAAUGAUGUUGACGAAGACGACGACGACAAUGUUGUAGUCAUGGAUCUUGAUGGGCCGCCAGAGCGAUCUGGUUUGUUGCAUGGCCAACCGAACAUUUGUGAGAUUUGUCGCAAGGUUACACCAAGGCGUGCCUAUCAUUGCCCCAUCUGUGGCUCCUGUGUCAAACGGCGUUCGCAUCAUAGUUUUUGGCUCAAUUGCUGCAUUGGUGAGCGAAAUUAUCGCUGGUAUAUAUGGGGACUGCUCUUCUCCGAGCUUGCCCUGCUCUUGGGCUCUAAUCUAACAUUGACAUCCAUAUGUCAUCCCUUUUUGGUAUUCCGUAUGCUGGGAGUUCCUAUCCUUUUGCCAGACGAUUGCAGUGAAGUUUUUGAAGACUUUGAAUUGGGCAUAUCUUUUGUGGUAGCAGCCUACGCCAUGCUUAUAUCCUGCUAUGUAGCUUUUCUCCUAUUCCGUCAAAUUUAUGUGACCUGGCUGGGAUCCACAUUGCAUGAGUAUAAACGUGCACCGCCCACCAGCAGGAAUCGCAUUUGGAGCAAUUGGCGAGCCAUUAUUUCAAAAUAAGUGACAAGGGCAAGCACAAACUAUAUAAUAACAGCAAAAUGCUUAAUCUAGUACUAGUAGUUUUUAUUAAAUAUAAGCUUAAAGUUUAUUAUAAUGCUAGCUAUUUCAAUAUAUAUGUAUGUAUGUGUAACUUAAACUGUAGUGUAUUAUGUUGUGUUUAAGGCUUCUGUCUUAGUUUACAAAAAUGCAAUUUUCAAAACUCAAAUUUACUCACAACUCUUCAAAUAUAGUAUUCUAAGUAAUCAACUGAAUUUGUUUGAAUAUGAAAUACAAAGAACAAAUUAAACAAAACCAAAA